AUGCUUACUUUCUUACUUCUGAAUUUGGCUCUGGGAAGUGUUGCCGGCGCUGAGACCUAUGGCAGAGACGAUUUUCCCGAUGAUUUUGUUUUCGGUUCCGGAACCUCUGCUUAUCAGGUGGAAGGCGCUGCUAAUGAAGAUGGAAGAAGUCGUAGCAUAUGGGAUACCUUUGCGCAUGAUGUAUAUGUGCCUGGAGUUAACGGAGAUGUAGCCUGUGAUGCAUACCACAAGUAUAAGGAAGAUGUGAAGCUAAUGGUGGAAACAGGACUUGAAGGCUAUAGAUUUUCCAUUUCUUGGUCGAGACUGUUACCAAAUGGCAGAGGACCUGUCAAUCCAAAAGGAUUGCAGUACUACAACAAUCUCAUCAAUGAGCUCACCAGCAAUGGAAUCCAACCACAUGUCACGCUACACAACUUUGAUCUUCCACAGAUUCUUGAAGAUGAAUAUGGAGGAUGGGUUAGUCGUAACAUCAUAAGAGACUUCACAUACUAUGCAAAUGUAUGUUUCAGAGAGUUUGGUGACAGAGUCUUGUAUUGGACCACUGUCAAUGAACCCAACGUUUUUGGCUUAAAUGGUUAUGAUGAGGGAAGCUUACCACCACAACGAUGUUCUCCCCCAUUUUGUCUUAGAAAGAGCACCGGAGGCAACUCAACAUAUGAAUCAUACUUGGCAGUUCAUCAUAUUUUGUUAGCUCAUUCUGCAGCUACCAGAUUGUAUUGGAGAAAAUACAGGAACAAACAACAUGGAUUUGUUGGUAUCUCUGUAUACACAUUUGGGUUUUUUCCUCAAACAAAUACUGAAAAAGACAGGGUAGCAACUCAACGAGUCCGUGAGUUUUUGGUUGGUUGGGUUAUGGAACCCUUGCAAUAUGGAGACUAUCCCAUUUCCAUGAAGAUGAAUGCAGGUGAAAGAAUUCCAUCCUUCACAAAUCGUGAAUCUGAACAAGUUAAGGGUUCAUUUGACUUUAUUGGGGUCAUUCACUACACCAAUGUCAAUAUCACAGACAAUUCUGACGCCCUUAAGAACCAAUUGAGAGAUUUCAAAGCAGACAUGGCUGCAAAGAUAUUAGGAUUGGAUCUCUUUUCAAAUGAAGAGUUCCCUGUUGCACCAUGGGGUUUUCGGAAAGAACUGAACAAAUUCAAGCUCCUUUAUGGCAAUCCUCCCAUUUUCAUUCAUGAAAAUGGUUUGUCUCUCUCUAAGAUUACAUACCAUGGCUAUGAAUAUAUUUUAGUAAAAUCAACCUUGAUGUUAGAAGGAUUGAAUAUUAAGCUUGGACUCAUAGUUUUGUUGAAACAGACAAAGCAACUUGAUUACAUUAGGAAUUUGUUUCGAUCAUGUCAACGCACAUCAAGCAAUUCGUCACUGCAAGACGUGUCAAGGGUGCAAUAUAUGCAGGAAUAUAUUGGUUGUGUGCUUGAUGCCUUGAGAGAUGGACUCAACAUAAAGGGCUAUUUUGCAUGGUCUUUCCUGGAUUUGUUCGAGUUGCUGGAUGAAUACAAGUCUAGCUUUGGCCUAUACUAUGUUGAUAGGGGUGAUCCAGAGUUGAGGAGACACCCGAAGCUCUCUGCAAAAUGGUACAACCAAUUUUUGAAGAAUAAAAGUACGACUAUAGUUGAAUCUAUUGAACUUGGAAAGGAUCCCUCACUUGUUUCAAUCGAGUAG